UGGCAUCACCUGCCAUCCGACUCCAAAAAUCAUGUCUUCUCUGUCUGGAAGGGGGGCGGGCAUACGACGGGGGGAGUCAGCGGAGGCUGUGCCCAACUCCACAUGAGAGAAGAAGGGUUUGCCCGCCCUGUGGGUGUUGGGAGCCCGAGCGGACUGGGGUUGUGGAUGGGUGUACAGCAGAGGCAAAGCCAGCAGGACUUCAUGGUAGACUCGGGGUCUAUCAGCGAGAGGAAGAGGGGUUCCGGUGGUCGCAGAGUCUCUCUCCAAAGACCCCUCAAGAAUGAAGGUUGCUAUGUGAGAUGGGGAAGGUGGGGGAAAGAGGGUUGGCACCCAGGGUUCAGUCUUGGGUGGCAGGACAGUACCUUGUGUUAGGUCACAUUGAGCGUUCUUUGAACAAGGUGACAGAGUGUAUUUCUUUCCAGAGCUGUUCACUCUCUCGUAUUUCUCCCUUCCCCCAGGGUCACACGGCUGUCAGUUACUGACACCCGUGAAGGGAUUACGGGGCGGGGGAGGGGAGGAGGAACCUACAGCCCGUAGGUACUUGAGUUACACAUCCUGGCACAGAGAGUGGGCACCGGAGCCUCUGUCCUGUCUAGACUUCAUCAACAUGGGCUGCUCCCAGCGAGAAAACGCACAGCUUUCUUCAUGAAGCGUCCCUCUGGUCAUCUAAAACUGUUCCAAAGGACCGAGGGGACACGAUUCCAAUCUGUGAAGGGGUCCUCGUGAAUUCUUGCUGCCUGCUACCAUGAGCUGGAGACAAAGAUCAUGCUCUGCUCUGGGAAGAUUAGAAACAUCUCAGGAUAACAGCAUCCUGAAACCGGCAGCCAUCCUGGGGGAACCUGUGAUGCUUCCAGCUCAGACAUCUCCCACAAGGCCUCAGCCUUCAGGGGAGCCUGGACUUCAGAGUGUCCAACCCCCCGCCUGGCUGCUGCAGGCCUGCCUCACUGGAGAAAGGAUGCGGAGCCAUUCAGUCAGCACCCAGGAGCCCACACUGAGGAAGACACCCCCGCACCAUGCAGACCUGACCCAGAGUCUGAGGGCCGAAAAGGUUGAGCAUCAAGUGACCCUGGAUGAGCUCCAACAAGUACAUGCACUCUUUCAGGAACAUGGAAAGAAAGGAAGACAUCUGCUGGAUAUGGAAACAUUCAAAUGCAUAAUGAAGCAGAGUAUGAGGUCGCAUGGCCACAGUACUGCACAAAUAGAGCAACUCUUCAUGAAAAUAGACUAUGAGGCAGUCGGGAGAAUCCAGUGGGAUGGCUUCUGCACAUACCUACAGCUAGAGUACUCGGAGCAAGCCAAGGCCGCGGCUCGGCGGGCAGAGGCUGUGCUCCGGCUGCCUGCCACACAGAAGAGGCUGUCCUAUGGGAGGCCCGUGCUGCGCAUCCUCUCUAUGCCGGAUGACACCUUAAUCACCAUCCGAGAAGAUGGAGCUAUUUAUUUCUGGUCCCCGCAGCUGAAGUUGAAAAGGAAAAAGCCAAUUUUUGGCAAGUCCCCCAGUCGGAAGUCCCAGUGGGUGACAGACAUUGCCAGCAUGCCACAGUAUAACAAACUAAUCGUCGGGACUGGGAGCCGGGAACUACAGCUAUAUGAGCUCUCAAACUUGGAGCCUUACUGUCAGAUUGGUGGCCUGGAAGCUGUCCCCCUGAAACUGGACUACUGGUAAGAAGGGCCACUCCAGGGAGGCUGCCUGUGGGUGGUUCACCACCAGGCAUGAGGAACUGUUCCUUGGGCGGCUACUCCAUCAGCACACCCUAGUGUUGCUGGAGGGCUUCUCUCCAGGUUCCCCAAGCCCCCGCAGUCCCACAAUCCACUUAUAAAAUAAUCAC